AUGCGCAAGGACGAUGAUGAGCCGUUCAGAGAAGAAAUGAUUGCGCUGGAAAGCGAGGAGGUCUUUGAGAGGCUACACCUCGACCUCUGCGGGCCGCUGACGGAAUCCUACGGACAAACGCACAUGGCUGUCCUUCAGGACUCGUACAGCAAAUGGCUGGAGGCGAGCGCUUUACCGGACACAAGAGCAUCGACAAUCAUCAAAUGGCUGAAUGAGCUCUUUUUCAGAUUUGGAACGCCUAAGUCAAUCACCACCGACGGAGGCACACAGUUUGACUGCCGGGAAUUCAAGGAAUUCUGCCGACAACAGGCAGUCGAGCACCACAUUGCUUCUGCCUAUCACCACCAGGGCAACGGUCUUGCAGAACGAGCCAUACGCUCAGUUGAGACGAUGCUGAGGACGACGUGCGCGGAUCAAAAAGAGUGGAGUCGACAGCUGUUGCCGUGCGUGAUGGCUUACAACAAAAGNGGAACACGGGCUGAGCAGAAGGCCGUUCGACGCAGUGACCAACAGAAUCACGGCGAGCAGAAACACGAGGACGGAACAGCGGAGGAUGAAAAGGAACUACGAGGCUCGAGGAAGAAGAAGAGCUGA